AUGUCCCGAGGAAGCAGCGCUGGAUUCGAUCGUCAUAUCACAAUCUUCUCGCCAGAAGGGCGUGUUUAUCAAGUGAGAUUUUAUUGAACAGAUCAGAAUGAUCUGAAAUUAGCUUCUGAGCUUCUGGUGGAGCCCGAAAAUUCGCCAGAGCAGAUGGUGUAGUCGGUUAAGCUCGCGGGUUCGAUUCCUGCUCGCUGCAAGAAUUUUUGAGAUUUUGUGGUGUGAGUACAAAAUCUCAAAAUGUCUUGCAGCGAGCAGGAAUCGAACCCGCGAGCUUCCAAUCAACGACCUAGACACUAACCGACUACACCAUCUGGUCUGGGGAAUUUUUGGGCUCCACCAGAAGCUCAGAAGCUAGCUUUUACAAUUAGAGCAUUUUGAGCAGCUCACCGAGCUCCAGAAGACUGUAUUGUCAAAAAAUAACCAAUUUCCAGGUCGAAUAUGCAUUCCGAGCAAUCAAUUCAACCAACUUGACGGCAGUUUCAGUCAAAGGAAACGACACAGCUGUAAUCGCUGUCCAAAAACGUGUUCCAGACAGUCUGAUUGUUGCCGAAAGUGUGACUUCAGUUUAUCAAAUCUCGCCAACCGUCGGAUGUUGUGCAAUCGGUCUGAUUCCGGACGCCAAAUUCCAAGUGAAACGUGCGCAAAGCGAGGCGUCGAAUUGGAAAUACAAACAUGGCUAUGAUAUGCCGUGCGAACUUUUGGCCAAGAAAAUGGCCGAUUUGAAUCAAUAUUAUACGCAGAAUGCCGAGAUGCGCAGUUUGGGAUGUGGUACGGUGGUUUUUGGAGAUUCUGAGCCGCUGAAGAGGAUUCUGAUGUCUAAAAUUAGUUGGCUUAACUCUUUGUGAACCAGCUUUGAAGAUGGUUCUCAUGAAAAUCUAAUAUUGUUCAGAAGAUUUAAUUACCUAAGUUCACCUAACUUCAAUCAAUAAUGUUCCGCUCAGAAAUAUUCUCAAAAUCAGAUUUUUUGAAAUUCUCCAUCUAGAAAAACAUAAUUUUCAGCUUUUUUUCGCCGAGAAUCUGAAAAUUCUGUUUUUCUAGAAGGAGAUGAAGAAUUUCAAAGUUCAAAAGCUGAUUUUGAGAAUAUUUCUAAGCGGAACAUUAUUGAUUGAAGUUAGGUGAACUUAGGUAAUUAAAUCUUCUGAACACUAUUAGAUUUUCAUGAAAACCAACUUCAAAGCUGGUUCACAAAGAGUUGAGCUAACUAAUUUCUGACAUCAGAAUCCUCUUCAGCGCCUCAGAAUCGACUAGAAGCCAUAUUCUGAAGCCCCAAAAUAAUUUUCCAGCUCUCAUCUUCAUUUCAUACGACGACGAAGAAGGGCCAACUGUAUACCGUGUCGAUCCAGCCGGUUAUUUCCGCGGAAUGAAAGGUGUUUCGGUGGGUGUCAAACAAGUCGCCGCCAACUCGUUUUUGGAGAAGAAAAUCAAGAAAAAGUCGGAUUUGUCAUCAUCGGAAGCCAUUGAGUUGGCCAUCGAAGCCCUUCAGAAUUCGCUCGGAAUUGAUGUUCGCGCAAAAGAUUUGGAAGUUGUUGUUGUCAGCAAGGAGAAUCACAAGUUUACGUAUGUCUUUUGAAAUAUUCAAUUUUUCCGGUCUUGGAACUAGAAAAUUCGAUUUUUUCGGUCUAGAAGCUGAAAAAUAGGAUUUUUUUCGGUGCUGGACCUUGAAAAUCGAAAUUUUCCUCUUCGAGACCUAGAAAAUUGGAUUUUUAGAAAUAGGUGCAAGGAAUUUGCAUCAAGACAUAAUUUUUCAGGAAAAUCGGAUUUUUUUCGGUCUAGAAGCUGAAAAACUUGAUUUUUUUGGUCUGGAACCCGGGAAAUCGGAUUUUUUGGUCUGGAACUUUGGAAAAUCGAGUUUUUCGGUCUAGAAGCUGAAAAACUUGAUUUUUUUGGUCUGGAAAAUCGAUGUUUCAAGGCCUAGAACCUGGAAAUUCUGGUUUUUCAGGUUUAGAACCUUCGAAAUUGAAAUUUUCCGGUCUACAAGCUUCAAAAUUGCUCCAGGAGCUCAAAAUCCAAUUUUUCAGCUCUAGAACCUGAAAAAUCCAAUUUUUUCGGUCUAGGAUCUUGAGAAAUCGAGUUGUUUUGGUCCUGGAGCUUGAAAAUCGUUCCAGGACCUGAAAAAUCCGAUUUUUCUCAGUCCAGACCACGGAAAAAUGGAAUUUUCAGUUCUAGGAUCUUCGAAAUUUGAUUUUUUCGCUUCGGGACCUAGAAAAUCAGAUUUUUAUCCCUAGAAAGCCGAAAAGUUGCUCCGAGACCCAAAUUUUCACAAAAAUUAUCGAUUUUUCCAUAUGAAUCAUAAAAAUUGAUAAAUUUCUUUAAAACUGAUAAAAAUCAUCUCAUUUUUCCAGAAAAUUGAACAACGAUCAAGUCGAGCAUCAUUUGAAUCAAAUUGCGAACCGCGACUAA